GGUCAAUCAUCGAUCCUCGAUGAUAUACUGCAAUCAACGAGUGCGAAACGACGCGCUCGAUGCAUUCGUCGAAUAUACUGAUGAUCGUUAUAUCCAUAGGUGGGCGGAAAAAGCAACGUCUCCAACAUCCAACGAGAUAGUGUAUCGGCCAAAUGCACCACUGGAUAUUGAUGGCGAUGGUCAUGAUGACAUCGACCGGUGUGAGAAAGAUUUCAUACCACAGGCUUCUGUCUUUCGGCAAUUCCCACGGUAUCGCAUCGUAAAAUGACAUCCCGAUACUCGUGUUUGUUGUCGUACGCGGGAAUUAUUCAUCAACCCCCCCCAGGACUGAGUAUAGAAGCGCUCGCUUUAGAUCAAGUCAUCAAGCCAGACUCAUCUAGUGUCGAGCUGAAAUGGAUGUCUUGCGGGACGAUAUCCAUCAUCCUUAUGUUGGUCACGGAUCUGCCAUCCGUGGCGAGGAAACAUACUCACGUGAAUUUGCCCCACUGCUGAUCGCGUCGUAACCUUGAUUGAUAUAUCAGUGGUAGAUAAUGACUUUGCUAGGAUCUCUGAGGAGGCGAUGAAAAUAUGAGAGUGGCAGUACGCACAACCUUGUCAGCAUUUACUAAAUUAUUGACUUUCUUGGUGUCCUCGGGGAUCUGCUAUACCUGAGCAAUUCGACCGAUCAGCGCAUGCUGCCCAUCUGCUGUAGCUGCAUCGCUGUGCUCACUCAGCGAUAGCUCCUUGGCAUUGUGGUGUGAUCCAGCUAUCAUAAACUAGUAGUUAUAUACACUUGUGGCCUUGUGCGUGCAAGUGUAGACUUGGACACACUCUGCCUCGAUGUGUAUGAAGCAAAAUCCUCGACAUCACUCGAUUUUACCGAGUGAUGAUCGCGGUCGCAAGUUGCGUUCGGCUCAGUUAAACGUGAGUCUUACCUAUACACACUCGACGCCAAGUUCGGACAUGAGUCUUGAUUUAGGACGACGUAGGUCUCACAUUCAAGCCGUGUACGUUUUGUCUGUACAUGCUUAUUCUCAUUCAUUCCUCAAGUAUCCCCACUUCGUAAUCGCUUGAAGGCAUUACAGGAGAUUUCUCUCCUCUGCUAGUGUAUGUUUCGUACUAGUGUCCGUUACCGGUACAGUGGUCCUACCAAUCGGCAAACUCGUCAAAUUGUGGUUGAUGCAGCUUCCUCACGCAUUGAAUGAGCAAGCGACGGUCUGCUUGAUGGUGAAACGGUUUGCGUUGGCAUCGGUUAGGAUAUUUUUGCAUGGUUUGCUGCUUCCAUAUAUGGCUUCGAGUCCAAUUUUAGUACGAAAAAAUCUUCAUCGAGUUUAUUGUCGACA